GUCUUUGUUAUGUGACAUGCAUAUAAAAAUAUUCCGACAAUGUGUCCUCUGGUGCCCUGCUGCACAGUCUCAGGCUUGAGUGUACAAACAUGGGGUUUUGUACAGCAUGCCUGAUUAGUGUAUUUUUGGCGGGGUACUCCACUGGACAACUAUACAGAGGCAGGGAUAUGUUUAAAGUCCAAAUUACCGAUUUUUGUAGGACAGAAAAUUGUGAAAAAGCUCAAUACAGUUACCAAAGAAAUAGCUGUCGUGGUCAGAAAUUUUGGAGUCGCGUUACUCCAUGUUGGGAAACCUGUUCUUCGUCCCGUCAGUCCCCAGUCAAUAUAAUCACCAAUAAAACACGUUAUGUACCACGUGGUUCACUCCAAUUCUCCGGAUUUUGUGACCGAGUCAAUGUUCAGUUCAUACACAGAGGGACUGUGCCUCACUUAUGGGUGUAUAGAGCCAGUGAGAUUGUGAUGUGUAACGUCCCUAACCGGGAAACACAGCAGUAUAUCUUCAGGGACGUACACCCCCACCUAGGGAGGAGGGAAGCUAGAGGUUCCGAACACGCCUUUGACGGCUCUUUUUACCCCAUGGAGAUGCAUUUGGUUUUUAUAAACAGUAGAUAUAGAACUUUACAGGAAGCCAGGAAAAAACCCGGGGGUCUAGCUGUCAUUGGAGUCAUGGUAGAGAUAGAAGAGAACAAAAAGGGACGUCGAUCCAGUAGACAGGGUAACACAUAUCAUCAGAACCCCUGUAGGAAGGUAACUGGAUGUAGGAUAAAAAGUGCUACCAGGCUUAGUCAUCUUAUGGUUAAAUACUUCAGGAAGAUACACAAAGAAAAGACAAACCAGAAAAAUG